ACAUUAAUAGAGAGCAUAGAUAUGGCUUUAAGUGGGAAAGUGGAGACUGAAAUAGAGACUCAAGCACCUGCUGAUAAGUUCUAUAAUAUCUUUAGAGAGAAACUCCAUCAUAUUCCUAAUAUCUCUACAGAAACAGUGCAGGAAGGUAGAGUGCAGGAAGGUGAUUGGCAAAAUGUUGGUUCCAUAAAACACUGGGAAUAUACAUUAGAAGGAAAAAAACAAAGUGCUAAAGAAAAAAUUGAGACUAUAGAUGAUGAGAAUAAGAUAAUCACAUAUAGUGUCUUUGGUGGGGAAGUGGGUGAGAGUUACAAGAGUUUAAAGGUAACAAUACAAGUGAUUGAUAAGGAACAUGGUGGGCUUGUUAAAUGGACUUUUGAGUAUGAGAAACUACAGGAGAAUAUUACAGCUGCAUCUCCUGAUUCAUUCUUGGACUUUGCUGCAAAGGUGACAAAAGAUAUUGAUGCUCAUCUUGUCAAAGAGUAGCAACAAAGAUGAAGUGUGUGGCUUGAGUGUGCUAUUGCUUAUCAAAUAAACUUUGUUGUGAUGUGUGCAUAUAUUUAUGGCUAAUAACUUUAAACUCAAGUUAUUCUAAAUGAUUCAUCUUUAUGUGGAGGUCAUUAAGUAUUCGAGCUCAAUCAAUUGGUUUGUUGUGAUAUAUAUGUGUUAAUGAUGUAAUUUGGAGUUUAAAAAACUCAUCUCAUCUAUGAAAGAGUGAAAGUUAAGGCGAGUGAGGCUUAGGCCUCAAUAUUUAGGACCUUUAAAAUAGGUCUCAAAUGCUAAACAAUUAGAU